AUGAUGGAGCUAGGAACCUAUACCAAACCCUUAGCCUACCUAGGCCUCUUCACGCUGGGAAAAACUGUCUACUCCAUAACCCGCCAAGCAACAAACUUCCUUCUCCCCAGCACCCUCCUCAAAUGCUACAACCCCACCCAAACAAACUGGGCCCUCGUCACCGGCGCAACAGAUGGAAUAGGCUUCGGCUUUGCUCAGGAGCUCUGUGCGCGCGGAUUCAACGUUAUCAUACACGGUCGGAACAGCGAGAAACUUGAACGUCGUCGCCGCGAACUCAACGCGCUUUUCCCAGUCUGUGUUGGUGUUCUUGUGCGCGAUGCACAGAAUGUAACCGCGGAUAUCGAUGACGUCGACGCGGAAGUGCGCGAUAUUAUUCGCAGUAAUGGGACCGUCGGUUCCAAGGGUGAUGGCAAGCUGACUGUUCUUAUCAAUAAUGUGGGUGGUGAGACUAGGCUUUCUGCACUCCUCAAGGAGUAUACCUUUGAGGAUGUGCAGGCGACUAUCUCGCGGAAUGCGACUUUCACCUGUCAGCUUACGCGUGUUCUGGCCAAACAGUUGGAAGAGAAUGCGCCUGGUCUUGUGAUGAAUGUUUCUUCGGUUGCCGGGUUCGGAUUGCCGUAUGUCACUACUUAUAGCUCUGCCAAGGGAUUUGUGGAUACAUUUACGAAGUCGUUGCGCGCGGAGUUUAAGGCUGAAGGGAAGGAGAUCGAGGUUAUGGGGUUGCGAGUUGCGGAAGUCAGUACUCCUGGAUAUGAUGUUAAGAGUAACUUGUUGAUUCCUGAGGCGAGAGUGCUGGCCGCUGCCAGCUUGAAUCGGGUUGGUUGUGGGCAGGAUAUCGUAUGGGCUUAUUUCUGGCAUUGGUUGUCGGGAUUGUCGUUUGAGUAUCUACCGCGCUGGGUGUUGAUGAAAAUUUCUACGAUGAAAUUCAAGGCAAUUAGAGCGGAUCUAGAUGCCAAGGCGAAGAGCAGCUGA